GCUGAGUCAGACCAGUAGCGCACGUCCUAGCGCGCAUAUAUAUACGUCUCCACAAGCGUCCACCAACAACAUUGGUGAACAGAAUUCGCAACAAUGAAGACUUUGCUGUGCAUUAGUAUGCUGGUGGCCACGUGUGUGGCGUACGCUUUGGCCAUACCUGUGGAGACGGCGCCGAGUGAAUUAGCACCGGGAGUGGCGCCAGUGGCGGCGGACGAGGGGUUACUGCCAGAAGAGUCCCGUUUCCGUAGGUGGGGACACCAUGGUUACGGACACGGUGGUUACGGAUACGGUGGUUACGGACACAGACAUCACGGAGGAUACGGAGGUUACGGACGUGGAUAUGGUCUCGGCUACGGAGGAGGCGGUGGCUUCGGCGGAGGUUUUGGCGGAGGCUUCGGCGGAGGUUUCGGCGGUGGUUUCGGUUACGGAUUCGGACGCUAAUACAGUGCAUUGACUUAAAAUUUUCCAAAUUCCAUAUUGAUAUCUGUGAUGAUUGCAAAAAGUUAAAUUAUACGUAUUAAGUAAGAAUAAAUAUUUUAUUUGACAUUUCA